UGAUUGGACAGAGAGCCGUUCGGAGGAAGCUGAUCCGUUUACAAGGCAACCUGAAAAAAAGCCCCCCCGGCUGGACUGACAAAGGACAUCCAGGAAGCUGCUUUAGGUCGCUUGAACGCAGCGAGAAGUCGCUGAUCGUCUCCAGAUAAGCGACAAAUAAGGAAGUUGCUGGCAAUCAAUCCGUUUGGGUCGCCAGUGAAAUUUCCCCACCUUCCUAUCCUAACGUAAAACUGUUAACUACGUUCAUCCUGAUUAUGAUGAACUCCAGUAAAAAUGCCCAUUGCGGCAGUCACACCAGCAAAGAGAAUAGUGCACCAUCAAGCAAAACAGAUGCACUGCAGGCCCAGCGGACCAAGCAGCGCACAGUGCUCGGUGUGUUGUCAGAAAAUGAGCAGCGCUGUCGACCCCUCAGCCAGGGAAGCCAAUUUUCCAAACACAGUUCGAUCUCAGACAGCUCCCAGCUAGCCUUCCUCGGCUGUCCCUCAAGUUCCAGCUAUGACGUGUAUGUUGAAGAGGCUUGUGAAGUUGUUCUUGCCACCUCUGGCCAAGAAGUGGUCUCGGACAGCUAUUACACAGAUGCCGAAAUUGCUGCCCUGCGAAAUGAAGAUUUGCGUCUCCUGCUGGAGCUGAGUUCAAGUUCAUACCAGGAUGCUUCUAUGCAGUCUGAACAAGAUGAAUCCCUGAUGUCAGAGGAAGUGCUGCGUGUGUCAGAGUAUUCAGAGGACAUUCACCGGCACUUGAGGGAGAGUGAAAUGAGGUUCAGGCCAAACCCAGGCUACAUAGAGAAACAUCCAGAGAUCACCAAUGAGAUGCGGGUCAUCCUGGUGGACUGGCUGGUGGAAGUCAUCCAGGAAUACAAGCUUCGUUCUGAAACUCUGCACCUUGCUGUCAACUAUUUGGACCGCUUUCUCUCCUGCACAGCAUAUGUGAAACGGGGCAAGCUGCAGCUGGUUGGCACAGCUGCAUUACUGAUUGCUGCAAAAUAUGAGGAGAUCUUCCCUCCUGAGCUGAAUGAGUUUGUGUACAUCACAGACAGCACCUACACUAAGAAUCAGUUAGUGCGGAUGGAGCACGUUUUCCUAAAAGUUCUGGCUUUCAACAUGGCAGCCCCCACCACAAACCAGUUCCUUAGGCUUUUCAUGUCCAUCCACUCUGUCUGUGCCAACACAGAGAACCUUGCCCUGUAUGUAGCAGAGCUAAGCCUACUGGAAAUUGAUCCAUUCCUACAGUACACCCCAUCUAUAAUGGCAGCCGGAACCUACUGCCUAGCCAACUACACUGUAAACAAAUCUCUCUGGCCUGAUUCCUUACGCGCCUUUACCGGUUAUACCGUGGGUGAAAUUGUGCCCUGCCUGACUGACCUCCACAAGCUAUACAUCAGUGCAGAGAGUCGCCCACAACAGGCCACCAGGGAAAAGUAUAAAAGUUCAAAGUAUUGUCGUGUUUCAUGGAUCACUCCACCUGCUGCGCUGCCUUUCCUAUGAGUCAGUGCUCCACCUUUCUCAUGACACUUGUGCCAGAAUAGAAUAGGAUUGAGAACAAAAACAAACACAUCUGAUGCUACAUGCUUUACCCAUCUGGACGCUGAAAUUUUUGCAAUACAAUAAAUUACUUUAAAAAAACA